AUGCAAACGCUCGCUUCGGGUGCCCUUCUCAUCGGAUAUUCGGCAUUUCUCUAUUUUGUAAGUUGAAAAUUGAAACAAAUUUUGAAAUUCCAAAAAAUUGUGUCAUGGUGACGGAUUUUUUUUUACAAAUUGGAAACUUUGAGGUCUGAAAUGCUCUUCUAUUACCAUUUUGAUCACUUUUACCUUGUUUCCGCCAUGUUGUAUGAUCAUUUCAAAAUUUCCAGAAAAUCCGUCAUGAUGACAUAUUUAAUUUAAAAUUUUUUACUAAAAUCUUUAGACGAUUAAAAUUGCAUGGAUUCGAUAUAGUAACCAAAAAAUUUUUGUAGUUUUACCGUAAUUGUCGCUUGCUUUCUUCAAAAUUUCCAGAAAAUCCGUCAUGAUGACAUGUUUAAUUCAAAAUUUUUUGCAAAAAUUUUUAGACGAUUAAAAUUUUAUGGAUUCGAUAUAGCAACCAAAAAAUUUUUUUGUAAUUUUACCGUAAUAGUCGCUUCUUUUUUCAAAAGUUCCGGAAAAUCCGUCAUGAUGACAUAUUUAUUUUAAAGAUUUUCAAAAAAUUUUUUUAGAUCAAUGAAAUUACAUCGAUUCGAUGUAGUAACCAAAAAUUUUUUUGUAGUUUUACCAUAAAUGUCAUUUGUUUUUUCCAAAUUUCCAGAAAAUCAGUCAUCAUGACAUGCCUCAUUUGAAUGUUCCUCCAAAAAAUCGUUUAGCCCUUCAAAUUAGCAUGGCCAGAAGCGGCUAAAAAAUUUUUUUGAAAUGUUAGAUUACCUGUUUACCAUCAUUUUUAAAUAUUUUUCUCUCCCAAUGACAUAUUUUCUGGACAUUUCAGACCGACCAAUACUGGCUGCUCGGAGGCGUGCUUCCUUUGAUCUCCGGCAUUCUCCUGGUGAUCAGUCGGCCCUCCCAGCACAAAUGGCGCUUCCUGGUCAUGUUCUGCAUCUCCAUCGGGACCUUGAUCACCUUGUUCUACACCUUCACCUCCAUAAAAUACCGUCAAAGCUCGCUAGUUCCCGACUCCACCACCCUGAACACUCUGACUAAGGACACGUUGGGCGCGGCGUUCACUGUUUUCAUCACUGCCAGCGGGUUUUACAGUGCGCGGCGCGGCCGAAUCGGCUACGGAAGACUGCUGGUUUUGGGUGUAAUUCUGGCGCUGAUGCUGUUCUCGGUGCUGAAUGCGGGCUGCAACAACUUUCCCGCGCUCCCAUAUUGUUCGUUGAUCAAGUUUUAG